GUAAAAGGCUGUAGGCUACCUGGGUGACCACCAGACAAGCCCAGCAGAAUGGGAACUUUGUAUCAAGAAUCUUCCCUGCACAGAUCCCUUCGUUUGAGCAUGGGAGGAUUUUGUGUUUCUGAUUACAUAAAGAGAUUCACGGCCAAAGAUAAGCCCGAGGAGAGUGGUGCAAAACCUAAGCAUGUGCUUAGUAACAGAGGAACCCAGACUGAAAGCAAGAAGCCUCUGGAAGAGGCAAAAAGUGGGAAAAAGCUGGAUGAAAACAAGGGAGCAUGUGAGAAGGUGAACACUUCUGGUGCUGUAGCCCCCAAAGCUGACUCCAAAGCCCAAGUUAAGGAGAAGACAGCACAGCAGCAACUGGUAGAAGGUGCUGGCAAAACACACAGCAACAAAAGCUCUCAACCACAAAAGGACAUUGGUGUCAAGGCUUUGAAUCAACACAACGGUCUUCCCUUGAUACAUGAAGAUCGUGUGGGCAACCAAAACGUUCCUGCUAAAGCACAGAAUCUGGACAGAGCCCCACAGCCUGAUGAGUGCCACAGGCAGCUUGUUCAUCAGAAACUCGGGAAGAAUGAAAACAAACCUCCCCCAGUGAGUGUGGCAUCCCGGGAAGCUGCACCCUCCACAUCCCAGGCUGUAUCUGCCACAGGCUGUGAGGUGACACAUACCAGGUUAUCCAUCAGUGUACAUAUGACUGGCACGAAAGAAAAGAUUGACAUGGUCAAGGAAGGAAAUGCCAGUGAUCAGAAAGGUACAAGUCCCAAAGUAAAACCCCCAUCCUCCACACCAGCAGACUUGAAAGGAGUCAAACAGCUGCCUGACAAAUUAAAGCUUCAACAGAGUCCUAAAAACAUCAGCACUGAACCAAAUCCAGAAGUUAAAGGGGACAAUAAGCAAAAUGAACUUACACCUCAAACAGGAAAACAACAGCCUUUACUGAGCAAGCCCAAGCCAGGUAAAAAGGCUGAAGAGAAAUCAGAACUAAAAGGCGAGCCCAAAACCUCACAGAAUAACUCUGCAAAGGAACCUGCAAAAGGUGUGGGGGUAGAAGUGAAAAUCCAUCAGGAAACAGCAAAAGCAGACAAAUCCCCAAAAGAUUCCAACUCUGAGAGGAGAGAAUCUGAGUCUGCAUCUUCAGGAGGAAGUGCAAAUGAUGUUGGUCAGGGCCCAGGAGUGGCACCAGAGAAGAGAAAGGCGCUGGACAGUGACAGAGCUCUUCCCACGCAGGGUGAAGUGAUCAUUGACGACAGUCCUUCUCCUCCAGCCCCUUUCGAACACCGCAUCGUGAGUGUCAAGCAGACGGAGGUGACAACCUGCUACUCGGUGUGUCGUCACGAGGUACUGGGGGGGGGGCGUUUUGGGCAAGUCCACAAGUGCACGGAGAUAUCGACUGGUCUCAACCUGGCAGCCAAAAUCAUCAAAGUGAAAGGAGCCAAGGAGAAGGAGGAAGUAAAAAAUGAAAUCAACAUCAUGAACCAGUUGAAUCACGUGAAUCUGAUCCAGCUUUACGAUGCUUUUGAAGCCAAAAAUAGUGUCACUCUGAUCAUGGAAUAUCUUGAUGGUGGUGAAUUAUUUGACCGGAUCACAGAUGAAAACUAUCACCUGACUGAGCUGGAUGCCAUCCUGUUCACCAAACAGAUCUGUGAAGGAGUGCACUACUUGCACCAGCAUUAUAUUCUGCAUUUAGACCUGAAGCCUGAAAACAUACUAUGUGUAAAUCACACAGGAAACCAGAUUAAAAUUAUUGACUUUGGAUUAGCAAGGAGGUACAAACCCUGUGAGAAACUGAAGGUUAAUUUUGGGACUCCAGAGUUCUUGGCUCCUGAAGUGGUGAACUAUGACUUUGUUUCCUUCCCAACGGACAUGUGGAGUGUGGGGGUCAUCACGUACAUGUUGCUUAGUGGCCUGUCCCCAUUCCUGGGAGAAACUGAUGCAGAGACAAUGAAUUAUGUACUCAAUUGCAGCUGGGAUUUCGAUGCAGAAGCAUUUGAACAGCUCUCAGAGGAAGCGAAAGACUUUAUUUCCAGGCUGCUCGUGAAGGAGAAAAGCUGCAGGAUGAGCGCGACUCAGUGUCUGAAACACGAGUGGCUGAACAACCUCCCUGCCAAGGCCAAGAAGUCCAAGCUGCGCCUGAAGUCCCAGUUGUUGCUGCAGAGUUAUAUGGCUCAGAGGAAAUGGAAGAAACAUUUUUAUGUGGUGGCUGCUGCUAACAGGCUGAAGAGAUUUCAGAGUAUGUCUGCCAAGCUUGCAUAAGGUUGUGUGAAGCAUCCCCCACUCUUGGAGAUGGACACAAAGCCAUGAAAGAAGGACACUCGAUAUCUUCAAUAAUUUCUACCCCCGUUUUAUAAUGUGAGGUUCUGGGACUGUCCUCCUCAGUUAUUGUGUGUGUUAGUGCUAAGGUGCCAGAAGUGCCUCAAGGAAGAGGCACUGAAAUGAUUUCUGAAAGCAGAAGCUACUUUGUUUGUUUUUUUCAAGUUUUGAGUUGUUUUAAGUAGUGGUGGAAAAACGUGGCUGUUACUGGGGCUGACUUCUUGCUGAAGGCUUUGAUUCUGCAGAGUGGUGUUGGUGUGUGGUGUGUUUACACCACAAAAUCCUUGGUCAGUUUUCUCUCACACCAAGAAUGCAAUCUGGAGACUUUCUUACAGAGUGAUGUAUGUUAUUUUUAAAGGAUUGCUACAACAGUGGCACAACUUCUCCAUCAGCUGUUUGUUACUUAGAACAAAAGAUAACCGAUACACUUUUCUUUGCAUUUCU